AUAUAUGGAUGAUGCUGCAGGAUAUCUGAUAAAUCUGAUAUUUGCUGCAAAAUGACAACUUUGCGACCAUUUACCUUCGACGAUCUUUUCAAGUUCAACAAUGUCAACUUGGACCCACUCACGGAAACGUACGGAAUGUCCUUCUACACGCAAUACCUGGCAAAGUGGCCCGAGUACUUUCAGCUGGCCGAGUCGCCCAGUGGCCAAAUAAUGGGCUACAUUAUGGGCAAAGUGGAGGGACGCCAGCACAACUGGCAUGGACAUGUGACCGCUCUAACUGUUUCGCCCGACUACAGGCGUCUCGGGCUGGCGGCGCUGCUCAUGAAAUUCCUCGAGGACGUAUCGGAAAAGAAGCGCGCCUACUUUGUGGAUUUGUUUGUGCGCAAGAGCAACCAGGUGGCCAUCAAUAUGUACACGAACCUCGGCUACAUCAUCUACCGCACCAUACUCGACUACUACGCGGGCGAUCAGGACGAGGAUGCACUCGAUAUGCGCAAGGCAUUGUCCAGAGACACUAAAAAUAAAUCCAUCAUACCAUACACGCAACCUGUACGCAUGGAGGACUUACACGAGGCAGAUAUGCAAUGAUCUGGGCUGAAUCAGCUCAAUGAUUAGUGCCGGCAAUUAGAUGUACAUUUAGUUAGAGAUAUCUUAAUUAAUUGUCUAUAAUC